AUGAAAUUCAUCUGGUGUAUACUAUUCAUUUGCGUACUUUUCGGAGGAAUCAAUGGUAAAGGAUUUUCACGAUCGCGAAAGGGCGAUGUUCUUUAUGAGAACAAGCUUUAUGGAUUUACAAUAAACAGACCGAAAGAUUGGUACGUCGCAAGUCCAGCUGAAUUAUCUCAUUUAAUACAAAUCGCGAGUUCGCUGAUGGAGUCGCAUAAACAUAAAUUUUCUCAUGUUCUAUCGAAUUGGUCUGUCGAAAACAUUACACCUUUGUUUGGUUUUUCAAAAUAUCCAUUGAACGCAACUGGUGGUCAACUGAAUCCAAAUAUCUUAUCGAUGACGGAGAAUCUGAACGCUUACCGAAAUGUGAAAAAUCCAUGCGAUUAUUUUGAUGUUAAUCAAGAAAUCUUGAAAACUUUAGCAAUGGGUAUGAAAUUCAUCGGAACGUGUCAAAAUGUGAACAUCAAUGGAGAAAACUUCAAAACACAUAGCAUUCAAACAAAAUUUCCGAACUUUCCUUUGAUUAAACAAACAUUCUACGCAAAAAUUGUCAAAGACAAUCAACUGUUCUUGGUUUUACUUACCUAUUUCAAUCGAAAUAGCAAAACUCAGCUAGAAAACAUCAUGAAAACAUUGAAAUUCACGAAAAAUUGA